CAUUUUUUUCAUGUACUAAUAAAUACCUACAUUUUGUGAAAAUUUCAGAGUCUAACAUUGCGCGGUUACGUAAUAACGACGUCAUCGUAAAGCGUCCUCUUGCAAUAAAUUGGAUAUUUCUGUACCACGAACCGUCCUCUCUCGCGCUCGCGCGCUCAGGACACUUCGUGGUGAAGAAUUUGACGUAAAUUGAUCCGUCUGCUGCACCACGAAGCGGCCGCUUCCCUGGAAAGUUUGCCCGGAUCCAAUUAUUUCAUGUGGCUGUGCAACUUAGAGAAGGAGAUAUCUAAAACAAAGCAGGUAUGCCAAGACCAAAGAAGAGCAAAGGGAAAAGUGGAUCAAGACCGGAUAAAGGCUAUGAUGUUUUGGUGCAAUGGCAUUUGAAUGGUGCAAACAACAUUGUUCAUUCACCACUCCUUCAGUGGACAGGGAAGAUGACAAAAGGGAAAGAGGUGAUCAUGGACUAUGAAGGGACUCUGUGGCAAGGAAUCGUUCUCGAUUCAGAAUAUCUUGAAGAUUCAGAAUCGUCUGAUGAGGAAUUUGACAUCCCCCUGGCACGACUUUCUGACAAAUAUGCAGAAGCAAAACUUGGUCCUCUACCCGUAUCAUCGCCAUCACUUCCUGAAGAUUCAACAGGAUGUGGAUCUGGAUUGCCUGAACCAAUAUCCAUCGCAAGUGACCAGAUAACACAGUCUGAUGAGGAAUUUGACAUCCCCCUGGCACGACUUUCUGACAAAUAUGCAGAAGCAAAACUUGGUCCUCUACCCGUAUCAUCGCCAUCACUUCCUGAAGAUUCAACAGGAUGUGGAUCUGGAUUGCCUGAACCAAUAUCCAUCGCAAGUGACCAGAUAACACAGUCUGAUGAGGAAUUUGACAUCCCCCUGGCACGACUUUCUGACAAAUAUGCAGAAGCAAAACUUGGUCCUCUACCCGUAUCAUCGCCAUCACUUCCUGAAGAUUCAACAGGAUGUGGAUCUGGAUUGCCUGAACCAAUAUCCAUCGCAAGUGACCAGAUAACACAGUCUGAUGAGGAAUUUGACAUCCCCCUGGCACGACUUUCUGACAAAUAUGCAGGUAUUACACUCCUUUUCCCAAUUUGA